AGAGUUAGGUAUUAUUUUGGGGGCAAAAGCCAUGAUUGAGAUAAUUGGCUUCCUGACACAAAGUCAUGAUUGAACCUUCACCCUUUCCCCCGCCCCCCACCACCUCUAUUCUCUCUUCUUUCUAUAUAACCCCCUCCCUCACCCCCACUCCCUUCACCAUCCACCCCUCCUCUCUCUCUCUCUCUCUCAGCUUCACGCCAUCAAAACCCUAACCCUAAAUCACUGUGAUUUUACUCAGACAAGCUACACAGCCAGGAGUUCUUUUGGGCUUUUAUCAUGAUGGUUGACAAGGAGGACUUGGGUUUGAGCUUGAGCUUAAGCUUUCCUCAGGACGCACAUCGUCCGCUACAGUUGAAUCUGAUGCCUUCGUUGCUUCCUGCCUCUUCCUCUUCUCCUUCUCCUUCUCCCUUCGCUCUUCAGAAACCUUCAUGGCACGACGCCUUUCCCUCUUCUGAUCGAACCUCAGAGACAUGCAGAGGCGAUGCCAGAUCGUUCCUCCGUGGAAUAGAUGUGAACCGCUUGCCAUCGACGGCCGACUGCGAAGAAGAGGCCGGCGUUUCAUCACCAAACAGCACGAUUUCCAGCGUAAGCGGGAAAAGAAGCGAGAGAGAAGCAAACGGAGACGAGCAUGAGAUGGAGAGAGCUUGUUCUCGCGGAAUCAGCGACGAAGAAGAUGGCGACACUUCGAGAAAGAAGCUUAGACUCUCUAAGGAUCAGUCCGCGAUUCUCGAAGAAAACUUCAAAGAACACAACACUCUCAAUCCAAAGCAAAAGCUGGCCUUGGCUAAGCAACUGAACCUGAGACCAAGACAGGUGGAGGUGUGGUUUCAGAACAGAAGGGCAAGGACCAAGUUGAAGCAAACGGAGGUUGACUGUGAGUUCUUGAAGAGAUGCUGCGAGAAUCUGACGGAGGAGAACAGACGGUUGCAGAAGGAGGUGAAUGAGCUGAGAGCACUGAAACUUUCCCCACAGUUCUACAUGCAAAUGACCCCACCCACAACCCUCACCAUGUGCCCAUCAUGUGAGCGUGUGGCGGUCCCACCUCCCUCGUCGGAGGCUCGCUCCCACCAGAUGGCCACCACCCACCACCGUCCCAUCCCCAUCAACCCUUGGGCCACCGCCACUCCCAUCCCCCACCGCCCCUUCGACGCCCUCCAUCCUCGCUCCUGAUUAUCACAGUUGUCGAAGGGCUUUUUGGUCAUUAAAAAUUAUGUGUACGAAAGGAGAGGGAAGGAGGGGAAGGGUAACAGUUUUAACAGUUUGGAUAGUGGAAUCAAUUUCCAUCUAGUCUAAUGGUUGCUAGAACGUGAUUUGGUGGGUCACCAUGUUUUGUUGUAUUGAGUAUUUGACCCAUCUCUUCUCUCUUUCGCGGAGGCGACAACCUUUUCUUUUCUAGCCUAGUUCUCUCUCUCGGGAUUUUGGUGGUACUCUUUGUAUACUUCUUCCCAGGUAGCGGAAGAGGGGACUUUGGCUGUAAAGUGGUCCUUUUCUAAUUGUUUAACUUAAGUUCAAGAGAUGUAGUGGUCUGAAAAAUAUCAAUCAAGUAUGAUGAUUACAGAGGAA